UCCAGAUAUUUAAGAAGUGCAGCAAGGGUUUCACACGAUCAUCCUUCCUGCUCAGACAGUGGGGAGGGAUUCACUCGAUUGUCCUUCCUGCUCAGACUGUAUGGAGGGAUUCACUCUGUCAUCUAACUGACUGGCACACCCAUCGUUUUACAUGGCCGUUCACCUGCUCAGACAGUGGGAAUGGAUUCACUCGGUCAUUUCAACUGAAGGUACUUCAGCAAGUUCACACUGGGCAGAGGCUGGUCAUCUGCUGAACUUGUGGGAAAGGAUUCACUCGGUCAUCUGACCUAAUGGCUCACCAGCGAGUUCACACCAGGGAGUGGCCGUUCACCUGCUCAGACUCUGGGAAGGGAUUCACUCGGUCAUCUGACGUAAUGGCUCACCAGCGAGUUCACACUGGGGAGAGGCCGUUCAUCUGCUCAGACUGUGGGAAGGGAUUCAUUUCGCCAUCUAAACUGAAGAUACAUCAGAGAGUUCACACUGGAGAGAGGCCAUUCACCUGCUCAGAUUGUGGGAAGGGAUUCACUCAGUCAUCCUACCUACUGGUACACCAGUCAGUUCACACUGGGGAAAGGGCGUUCACUUGCUCAGAGUGUGGGAAAGGAUUUACUCAAUCAUCCACCCUAAUGGCUCACCAGCGAGUUCAUAGUGGGGAGCGGCUGUUCACCUGCUCGGACUGUGGGAGGGGGUUCACUCGGUCAUAUAAACUGAAGGUACAUCAGCGAGUUCACACUGGAGAGAGGCCAUUCACCUGCUCGGACUGUGGGAAGGGAUUCACUCAGUCAUCUCUACUGAAGUUACAUCAGCGAGUUCACACUGGGGAGCGGCCGUUCUCCUGCUCAGACUGUGGGAAGGGAUUCACUUGCUCAUCUCAACUGAAGGUACAUCAGCGAGUUCAUACUGGGGAGAGGCCGUUCACCUGUUCAGUCUGUGGGAAGGGAUUCACUUUGUCACCUCACCUACUGAGACACCAGUUAGUUCAUACUGGGGAGUGGCCAUUCACUUGCUCAGUCUGUGGAAAGGGAUUCACUGAAUCAUCUUUCCUGCAGAGACACCAGUCAGUUCACACUGGCAAGUGGCGGUUCACCUGCUCAGACUGUGGGAAGGGAUUCAAUUGGUCAUCUCACCUGCUGUCACACCAGUCAGCCCAUACAGGGAAAGGGCUGUUCACCUGCUCAGUCUGUGGGAAGGGUUUCAUUUCAUCAUCUCAACUGAAGAUACAUCAGCGAUUUCACACCGGGGAGAGGCCUUUCUCCUGCACAGACUGUGGGAAGGGAUUCACUAUGUCAUCUCAUCUGAAGGUACAUCAGAGAGUUCACACUGGGGAGAGGCCAUUCACCUGCUCAGACUGUGGGAAGGGAUUCAUUUCGUCAUCUCAACUGAAGGUACAUCAUAGAGUUCACACUGGGGAGAGGCCGUUCACCUGCUCAGACUGUGGGAAGGGAUUCACUCGGACAUAUCAACUACAGAGACACCAGCGAGUUCACACUGGGUAGAGGCCAAUUUCAUGCUCAGACUUUGGGAAAAAAUUCUCUCAGCUAAAUCAACCAAUGUAUAUCACUGUUGACACUGGGGAUAUUCCCUUCACCUGCUGUGAAUAUGGGAAUCGAUUCACUUAGUGAACUAACCUUAUGUAACUCUUGAUUUGGCUAGUAGCUUAAUAUAACGGGUGAUAGACCCCAGCCUGGCUAAACUUAAGAAAUAUCAUUUGGAUGGAUGCUGUGUGAUGUGUCCCCUGCUACAAAUCAGAACCCUGAAAUAACAGUAAACAACAUGUGAUUAAACAAUUGAGCUUUGUAAUUCAUACUUUGACCAGUGGGUUAGUAAAGAAA